UAUCAUUUGAAGAGUCAAAAAUCAACGAUUGUGUCGCUUUAAUUUUAAAGGUCUAAUUAUCAAAUUUUACCACUGAAAUAAUAUUGUCAUAUUUGAGUACCGAUUUCAGUAUGACAUCAGUGAUCCAAAAUAGAGGUAACAUAAACUGGACAGCUCCGGAAACGAAAUGAAAAGUUUGUAAUGUAUUUUGAGAGAUGACAGAGAUGACGUUUCAGCAGAUUUCCUUAUAACGCGAAUUUCUGUAACGAGUUAUAUUAUUUAUGUAAAAGAAGUUCUUGUGAAGCAUAAUUUUCUGUAACACAAAUUCGUGUAACGUGUAAAGUGUUACCGCGUUAUACGGGUGUCUUCUGAGCGAUAUUAUGGAAUGAUGGCGUCUCCGCGACCAAAGUCACCUCGACCACCCAUAUCUACGAAAAAAGAUGAAAAAGAAGAGAGUUUUUGGGAUAAAAUUGGUACAUUGGGCCGGAAAAAGCGUAUUAAAGAAGUGCAAGAAGUACAAGAAGAAGGAAAAUAUGCAAUCGAUUCACCAGGAUAUGCUGCUAAUCCAGAAAUGCCACCGGAAGAAUAUGCAUUGGAUGAAAAUGAAGAACGUUCCAUGAUAGAGCCUAGAUCUUUGGAGGAUUCUAAGCUGAAAGAACUGAUAUUUGUAUUGAUAGAAUGGAUCAAUGAUGAGUUAGCUGAUCAACGCAUUAUUGUAAAAAAUAUUGCAGAGGAUUUGUAUGAUGGACAAGUACUGCAGAAGCUUUUAGAAAAGCUAACAGGAGAGAAAUUGGAUGUACCAGAAGUAACGCAAUCAGAGGAAGGACAAAAACAAAAGUUAGCUGUUGUUUUAUCAACUGCUAAUCGUGUACUGUGUCGUUAUCCUCCUUAUAAAUGGAGUGUGGAAUCAGUCCAUUCAAAGAAUAUCAUCGCCAUUUUACAUUUAUUAGUCGGUUUAGCGAGACAAUUUCGCGCGCCUGUUAGGUUACCUGAAAGAGUAGCUGCGCAAGUCGUAGUCGUGCGUAAAAAAGAUGGUCAACUGAUACACAGAACAAUCAGGGAAGAAAUUACGUCGACAUACGACGAUUUGGGAAUGCGUUGCGAGCGCGACGCUUUUGAUACUCUUUUCGACGAUGGGCCUGAUAAGUUAGCAGUCGUUAAAAGAUCAUUGAUUACUUUCGUUAACAAACAUUUGAGUAAGGUACACUUGGAAGUAACGGAUUUAGACACACAGUUCCACGACGGUGUUUUCUUAACACUUCUGCUGGGACUUCUGGAAGGUUUUUUCGUACCUUUAGGUAGUUUUCAUUUGACACCUAAAACACACGACCAGAAGGUGCAUAAUGUUUCAUUCGCGUUCGAUAUUAUGCAAGAUAUUGGAUUACCCAAACCCAAAGCUCGGCCAGAAGAUAUCGUAAACUUGGAUCUGAAGUCAACUCUGCGCGUGUUGUACAAUUUAUUCACAAAGUAUAAAAGCAUGAAUUGAAGAAAUGCUUCGAAAACGUAAUAAAACUGAACGCAAUAAAGAUGAACGAGUUAACAUUGCGGUUAACGAUAUCACUAACGCACUAACCAAAGAACGUAGCUUUCGUAUCGGAAGGGAGCAGUGCCUUUUGAAAUGGUCAUUGAUAUUAUAUGGUUGUAAAGUACUGUGAGAGAAGAAAAAGCGGAGACCAUGUAAAAGGAAAAAAUGAUACGUUCAAUAUUUCUCCGAGAUUCUAAUUUUUAUAACGUUGUUAUUUAAAUCGAGACUAAGAUCUACAAUUUUGUAUAUUCUCGAUAAAUUUUAUAAACCGAGAAAAUAUAAUAUUAACAUUUGAA